AUGCCCGAGGGUGCCCCAGCUUCCUCGAAGAGUUUAGUUUCAGAGGGCGACGCCUCUACUUCCUCCAAGGAGCGCGAGAAGAAGGAGAAGCCAAAGACCGCUUCCAAGUCGAACCGGGGAACCGGCGCCAUUGAUGCCGCAACUUGGAGUCAGAAGACCCAAUCCAACUUGAACAAUGUGAGGGCGAUCAGGGAGGCCGCCCUGGCCAAGCUGAACAACGGCACUCUGGUGACCACUGACUCGGUGCUGGGCUCGAGCCACAACUACUCCGUGGCCCAAGACCGCUUGAAGCGGCGGACGGCGGAGAUGGAGGGCAUUAGUACAAAGGUGGCAGACAAGAUCGAGAGCAGCGAGCAGUGGAUCCAGCGCAUGCAUCACGCCCUCAACAACCUGACCCGCUUCAAUGGUCAGCUCACUGCCGCCCUCAGCGUGGUGGAGAAGCGCAUGGAGAUGCGCGCUGCACGACCCCAAGAGGAGCUGGUGAGGGACGGCUUCCAGGAGGCCCUGGAACGGGAGAAGGCGCAACUUCUGAAGGGCCGCCAGCAGGUUGCCAGUUGCCUCUCUGAAGGCCGCGAGAUUCUAGCACUCCUGGAGGAGCUGAACGCUGAGGUGUCCAAGGACCGCCUGGCGUUGCCCCAGGACAAGACAGCUCGGCCCCAGCAGCUUCUCGACAAGCUGAGGGCCUCCGAGGCGAGUUGCGGGCGAUUCUGCGAGCAUCAGGCCAACAAGACACAGGAGCUUCAGCAGGAGGCGGAGCGCCUCAGCGGGCGCACCUUCAGCGCCAUGAAGCGCCGCAUCGCGGAGCUCCAGGAGGUGCGGCGCCAGCUGGAAGCCGAGGUGCGGGAAACCGGGCACACCCUGGCGGAGGCAGAGUUUCAGCUGAGCCGGGCACAGAAGGCCCUGAAGCGCGAUGAGCAGCCGGAGCUGGACCAGAGCCAAUUCUUGAGCAUGCGCGUGAGCAGCCCUGCGCUGUCGAAGGUCAGGUCUCGCAUCAAGAGCUGCGCCUAUAGCUGCGGCGGGAAGAACCUUGGGGCACUCUUUGCACGUUUCGACAAGGACGGCAGUGGAUAUCUGGACGAAGAGGAGGUGCGAAAAGCACUCCGGCGCUCAUUACGCGUGCCGCCUUCCGCUGUGUCCGAUGCAGAGGUGGCCAAUCUGUGCGUUCUACUGGAUGCUGACCGCAGCAAUGGAAUCUCAAUUGAAGAAUUGGUGGCUUUCAUUUAUGCGGACACCGAUGUGGACAAGCUCAAUGAACAGGCGGAGGCUGCGCAGGAGGUGGUGUCGGAGCUGUCGGGCGUGAUGGCGGAGCUGCAGGCGGACCUGAAGCGCAAGCUCUGCGCUGCGAAGAUCGACGAGGCCUGCGUGAAGGUGACGGCCAUCAAGGGCCUUAAGCUGGACAUGGCUCCAGACCGCGAGAAGCGGGCCGCCAGCGCGCGGAAUGGCGCGCGGCCCAAGGCACUGCCUGCUGAGCUGCGAGUGCGCUUGCGCCAGCGGAUUCGGGCUGCGGCCUGCGUAGGCGGAGGGAAGCAGAUCGACGUGCUGCUGGGGCGCUUUGAGCGUGGGGAGGUGCCGGGGCUUCUGAGCUUCGAGGAGCUUCGGAAAGCCUUCCGCAAGAUCCUUCGCAUCUCGCCCAGCCUGGUGGCAGAUCAGGAGAUCAACUCCUUGUGCCUUUGGCUGGACAAUGACAAUGACGGCGCAGUGAGCCUUCAGGAAGUUCUUGACUUUGUGGACCAGGAGGAGCCACCGCCGGAGGCGCCAUUGCCUCAGACGCCGUCGCCUGCCUCAGCCCCGGCCAAAGCAAAGCCGCGGCGGGCCGCGAAGCCUCUGGCGCCUGAGGCAGCGCAGGCCUUGAGGUCCAAGCUGAAGAGCGCUGCAUACACAGGCUGCGCGGGCCGGCAGUUGGAUGUGGUUUUCUAUCGCCUCGACAAGGACGGCUCGGGAUUUCUGGAAGAUGAUGAGGUGCGGCAGGCGAUCCGAAGGUGCCUGCGCAUUCCCCACAAGGUUGUCUCCGAUCAGGAGAUUGCCUCUGUGUGUGCGCUGUUGGAUGCUGACAGCAAUGGCUCUGUGAACAUCCAAGAGCUGGUGGACUUCGUUGGCCUGGAUUCCCGCAAGCCUCGGAAGCUUGGCCCCAUGAAGGGCUACCAGUGA